GUGAGGUGUUAUCGUUACCAAGAUGGGCAAAGCAUAGAGUGAAAGUGGAUCCUCCGUUUUCCCUCCACCAGAGUUUAUCCAAAACAGAUGGAAAGAAGAUAACGCAUUCCCAGUGAAACUCACUUCUAUACAAAACAAACCACAUAAUGUAACAUACCCAUCCUUUUCUUCUUCUUUUUUUUCCUGUUAUUUCAAUGGCGUCUCUGCCUUCUGUUGCUGUUACCCGCACUCCCAAGAGCGAAUCUGAAUUCCGAAAAUAUUCCGCCAGUUUUCUUCCCAGCGAAAAGAGCCCGAGUGUCUCUUAUCAGCGAAGCAGCCAAUUAGAUGGAGUUUCAGAGGCAAGGUGUCUGGACUUCCGAGAAGCGCUCUCUUUUAUAAGAGAAGGCACGAAGGUGGAGUCAGCUUUUUACGUACCCAUCUUGCAAGAAUGCAUCGACAAGAAGUUGGUUUCAGACGCGCAAAAGAUUCAUGCCCACAUCGUAAAAACCGGAGCCCACAAGGAUGCAUUUCUGAUGACCUUCCUCGUCAAUGUUUAUGCCAAAUGUGGGACAAUGGAGACUGCUCGAAAGGUUUUUGACGAAUUGCCUCGCAGAAACGUGGUUUCAUGGACGACCCUGAUGACGGGUUACGUUCACGAUUCAAAGCCGGAGUUGGCUGUCCAAGUCUUUCAAGAAAUGCUGGAAGCAGGAGCUUAUCCCACCAACUACACUUUGGGAACUGCUUUGAGUGCUUGUUCUGAUUUGCACUCUAAAGAACUAGGGAAGCAAAUCCAUGGUUAUAGUAUUAAAUACAGGAUUGAAUUCGACGCUAGCAUUGGCAACUCCCUUUGUAGCUUGUACUCAAAAUGCGGCAGCUUGGAAUGUGCGGUUAAAGCUUUCAGGAGGAUAAGGGAUAAGAAUGUGAUUUCAUGGACUACAGUUAUAUCUGCUUGGGGCGAUAACGGUGAAGCUGCAACUGGUCUGCGAUUUUUUGUUGAGAUGCUUUCCGAGUGUGUUGAGCCCAAUGAGUUCACACUGACCAGUGCCUUGAGCUUGUGUUGUGUAAUGCAGAGUUUGGACAUUGGGACGCAGAUCCAUUCACUGACCAUUAAACUUGGGUUUGAAUCAAAUCUACCCAUAAAGAAUUCUAUCAUGUAUUUGUACCUCAAAUGUGGGUGGAUCCAUGAAGCCAAGAAAUUGUUUGAUGAGAUGGAAACUAUCAGCUUGGUCACCUGGAAUGCGAUGAUUGCAGGGCAUGCCAGGACGAUGGAUUUUGCAAAGGAUGACCUUGCAGCACACCAGUGCGGAACUGAGGCACUUAGCAUUUUCCUGAAAUUGAAUCGGUCUGGUAUGAAACCUGAUCUGUUCACCUUCUCAAGUGUCUUAUCUGUGUGCAGCCGUUUGGUGGCCUUAGAACAAGGAGAACAAGUUCAUGCUCAAACCAUCAAAACCGGGUUUUUGUCAGAUGUGGUUGUGGGAACUGCUCUAGUGAACAUGUAUAACAAAUGCGGAAGCAUUGAGAGGGCAAGUAAAGCUUUUGUGGAGAUGUCUAUCAGGACCUUGAUAUCAUGGACUUCUAUGAUUACAGGUUAUGCCCAGAAUGGCCAGCCUCAGCAAGCAUUGCUGCUGUUUGAGGAUAUGAGAUUAGCAGGAGUUAGACCAAACAAGAUUACCUUUGUGGGUGUUCUUUCAGCUUGUAGUCAUGCUGGAAUGGUUGAUGAAGCAUUGGAUUACUUUCAGAUGAUGAAAAAUGAGUACAAAAUCACUCCUGUGAUGGACCAUUAUGCAUGCCUAAUCGAUAUGUUUGUUAGGUUGGGUCGGUUAGACGAAGCUUUUGAUUUCAUAAAAGAGAUGGAUUUGGAGCCCAAUGAGUUUAUAUGGUCGAUCUUGAUUGCAGGCUGUAGAAGUCAAGGGAAAUUGGAGUUAGGGUUUUAUGCGGCAGAACAGUUACUCAAACUGAAGCCAAAAGAUACAGAGACCUACAACCUUUUGUUGAACAUGUACCUUUCAGCAGGGAAAUGGAAGGAAGUUUCAAGGGUGAGAAAAAUGAUGAAAGAAGAGAAACUUGGAAGAUUAAAGGAUUGGAGCUGGAUUAGCAUCAAGGACAAGAUUUAUUCAUUCAAACGCAAUGCCCGGUCACAUGCACAGAGUGGGGAGAUGUAUGAAUUGUUGGGGAACUUGCAUGAGAAAGCAAAGAGUUUUGGAUAUGAAUGGGAAGAAAGCUUAGAGGUGACCGAUGAGGAGGAAGAUGCUGAUGAGGAGAAGGCAUUAUCUUCCAUUGUUUAUCACAGUGAAAAAUUGGCUAUUGCAUUUGCGCUGUUGAACACAUCAAAUGCUGUACCAAUACGGGUUACGAAGAGUAUUAGCAUGUGCAGGGAUUGCCACAAUUUUAUUAGGCUCAUCUCGUUGCUGUCUGCUCGGGAAAUCAUCAUUCGGGAUAGCAAGCGGCUUCACAAAUUCAUCAACGGACACUGUUCAUGUGGAGAUUUUGGAACUCUAAUCUGAUCUUUUUUUUUUUUUUUUUUUUUGCUUUGUUGUUACAUGGGCAUUCAACACCGGUAAUCACCCAAUGGGAAUAGCUUACUUGAUAUGGCCGUUUUACCUUUACCCAGGAUGACUACUCUUUUGUAAUAUUUUUCUCUCAAUAGAGCUGUUGCCAAGGAGACGUAAA